GAGCAGAGGGUUGAGGUGCGGGAGAGGGAAGCUUUUGCAAUCCUUUCAGUUCUGCAAUUCUGAUCAAUAGAACUGUGUGUGCGGGGAGGCUGCAGCCACAGGCUGGGACGGACAGGACCUGGAAGCAGACCCAGCAAGCAGAAUACGCCACUGCUCUUCAAAGUUUGGCAUUGGAGAGAUCACGCUGCAUCCAUUCGACUCUGGGUGGGGAGGACCAGGCUCAGAGGUUAACCAGCACUGAACAGCAUCACCUCAAUCCAGAGCCCUCUGCAUAUGCCAGGGCAGGAACACUGUGCUAGCUGUCAAGGCUGAUGGACUCCUCCAGUAGCAACAGAAUAAGAAGAAAAGAAGAGGACAGAAAAUUUUCUGCCUUGGAAGAGUUGGGUCAGUGACACAAUGUCCUCAAAGGGGGGAACUCUUUCACCCCUGAAUGACACCUCAUGUGGGGCGGACUCUGAGUUCAGAUACCUCCUUUUCACCAUAUUCUACAGCUUCAUCUUCAUUCUGGGCUUCAUUGCCAAUUGCUAUGUGCUGUGGAUUUUCUGCCACGUUUAUGCUUGGAGGAAACUAAACGAAAUCAAGAUCUUCAUGGUGAACCUGAUAGUGGCUGACCUGCUGUUCCUAAUCACACUGCCCCUGUGGAUAGUUUACUAUCACAACAAUGGAAAUUGGAUUAUGCCUCCAUUCCUGUGUAACGUGGCCGGCUACUUGUUCUUUGUUAACACCUACUGCUCCAUCGCCUUUUUGACAGUCAUCACAUACAACCGAUUCCAGGCAGUGACCAAGCCCAUCACAGCCGCUCAGUUCCCCACCCGGAGAAGGGGUAUCUUCCUCUCCGCAGCUAUCUGGGUGGUGAUAAUGAGCAGUGCUUUGUACUACCUCGCUAAGGAUGGAAUUAAUGAAAUUAACCAUGGCACCAUCAAGCGGUGUUUUGAGAGCUAUAACACCUCUACCUCUGACAACAAUGUGCCCAUCCUCGCCAGCCACGUUGUCAUAUUCAUUAUUUUUGUCUUCAUUUUCCUGUUUAUACUGGUGUGUAACUUGUUCAUUAUCAAGACACUGCUGACCAAGUCAGUGCAGCUGCAGAAGAGCACCCAUGUCAAGCAGAGGGCAUUCAGGAUGGUGUGCACUGUCCUGGCUGUAUUCAUCAUAUGCUUUGUACCUCACCAUCUCCUUGAUCUCCCCUGGACCCUGACGGUCCUAGAGCUGUGGCAGAAGGAAAAUUGUCCGUUGCGCCAGCAGCUCAAUGAUGCCCAUCAGGUGAUGCUAUGCCUCCUGAGCACCAACUGCAUGCUGGACCCUGUCAUCUACUGCUUCCUCACCAAGAAGUUCAGGAAGCAUCUUUCAGAGAAUCUUAAAAGCAUGAAAGGGAGUCGCAAGUGUUCCAGGCAAACCACUGAAACAGUGAUCGAGGGCACAGUGCCCAUCAAUGACCUCCCCACCACCCCCAGGAGAAAUGAAUAUAGCCCUAUCUCCUACUGAGCAGGGCUGGGCCACUUGUGUCAUCAGCUUCCUCCCACUAAGCCAGGCCGGAGAGGGACACAUCAGUGGGGCAGAUCUCAGCAUUUCCAUCAGGAAGAGGAAUUAUGACCAUUCAAUCCCUGUAUUCACAAAUGCAACCAGAGGAAUAGGGACCCAGCAGGGUCUGCAAAGGGGCACCUUCUGACACAUACCGAUGCUUCAUGGGGCACUAAUCACAGCUCGGUUUGUUUUCUUUUCUGUAAAGAAAAAUGCCAUUGACCUUGUACAAGUCUUUCUCCCUCCUCCUAUCUCCUUGUGGGAUCUGUCAGCACUUUAACAUGGGAAGGCAAGGGAAUUGCCAUGAGGCGAGCUCACCCUUAUGAAUGACAGAGAUUCUAUGGAAUCUGAUCCAAGUAACCAGCCUGGAGAGAAGGGGGGUCUGUGAAAGUCGAUGAGUAUUGGUGAUGUGCUGGAAACCUCAGCCAUAGCUCCCCCAAUCCCUGGGAUCCCUAUGUAUAGAUUUUAAGGCCACCAGGGACUAUUAUCUAGUCUGACCUCCUGCAUAUCACUGGCUAGAGAAUGUCACCUAUUCCUAGACCCAGCCCAAUAACUUCUGGUUGAGCUAGCACAUAUCUUUCAGAGAGACCGAAUAUCAACUGAAAACCUCCAAGUGACAGAGGAUGAUUGCCAGCAUAGGAGUUAAGAUAGCAAAUGAAUUUAAUGCUGCUUCAUCAUCGCUUUUAUUUAUUAUAGAUGGGAUUAUAAAGAGGGAGUGGCCAUUGUCCCUAAGCUUGUGCUGCUGGAAACAAAGAAAUGUAGCUGGUUGCUUAUUUGAAGA